AUGAAGAUUCAUUCUUCGUCGCUUCUCCUCUUCCUCCUUCCUGCGCUUCCGGUCGCGCUCACGGAUCCAAGCUCGGCCGACAACGGUGCAAAGGACUCUCUUCUCGCAGAGCGGGAAGCUUUGACUCCAAAUGCCGUCGAAAUAGAUGCCGCUGCCGCACCCAAGCCCGCGAAAGGGACGCUGGACGCCCCGAUCGACGGCAAGGAUGGCCGGCCACAUGCUGGUCCCUGGGUGGAAACAAGUGCAGAGCGGGAUCGCAAGAAGACAGGCUCUACCACCUUGUCGGAGGAAAAGGCAAAAACCGACCCUAAAGCGGAACAAUUGGGCCCUGAUGGCAACCCAAUCCCUUACUCCAACGACGGCGUGAUGGAUGAUCCUCAUCGGACGGGUCCCAAGGAGGGCACUCGGGGAACAGAGGGUGGAGUAUCUGAGAAGUUGAGGGAGCCAUACAACAAUGAGAAGACUCCGGGAAGUCCAAAGGAGGCACCUCCAUUGCCGCACAGCGAGCAGCAAAAGCUGCCAGUGGCGGGUCAGGAUGCCGAUGUCAAGGACACCAAGGGAUCGAACACCGACUCAACCUUGGGCAAAUUGGAGAAACCCGCAAAUUUGCCUGAAAAGCCACACGACAUCCCACCUCCCAAGUCCCCGGCCACGGUCAAAGAUAGCCCUCUCGGUCUCGACAAGCAUGGCUCCUCGGCGGGCAACAAGCCUGGCGAACCGCUUGAGGAGGGAACUGCAUUCCAUUCGUUGUUGUUCUCCUUCACUAUGAUUAUCGUAUCAGAAAUUGGUGACAAGACUUUCCUCGUUGCCGCGCUCAUGGCCAUGCGUCAUCCGCGUCUGCUCGUCUUCUCCGCGGCUUUCAGCGCCCUCAUCUUCAUGACAGUUCUCUCGGCUGUCCUAGGACACGCAGUACCUACUCUGAUCCCCAAGUCCCUGACGAAAUUGUUGGCUGCCGUUCUGUUCUUCGUGUUCGGUCUGAAGAUGCUCAAGGAAGGUCGCGAGAUGUCGCCCGAUGAGGGUGUUGGAGAGGAGAUGAAGGAGGUCGAAAUGGAACUGGAAGAAAAGGAGCAAGAGCAGCUGCGUCUGAACCGUCGCCGUUCUUCUGUGACUCCCCACUCUGUCUCAUCAUCGUCUUCUCGUGCUUCCUCUCCCUCUGGUAACCGCUGGAAUGAUGUUCUUGUCGGAAUGAACAAUCUUUUCUCGCUUCUCCUCAGUCCCGCCUGGGUUCAAACUUUCGUUAUGACCUUCCUGGGUGAAUGGGGUGACCGCAGUCAGAUCGCAACUAUUGCUAUGGCUGCCGGUCAAGAUUACUGGUGGGUGACCAUCGGUGCUAUCUCGGGACACGGACUUUGCACUGCGGCCGCCGUUAUUGGCGGCAGUGCUAUUGCUGGCAAGGUCAGCAUGCGCGUCGUAACGCUGGGCGGUGCCACCGCAUUCUUGGUCUUUGGUGUCAUCUAUAUGUUCGAAGCCAUCUAUUAG